CUCAAAUAAGCUUCAAACCCCAAAAUAUCCGUUUUUGGCAUUUGAUCGUGCGAGCUCCCUUUUUGAUCCCACGUUUUUUCCUCUUCUCUUCUAAAACCCUAAUAAUCAUCAAGCAUCGAAGAUAUUGAGAGCAACAAGAUUUACGUCAACAGGGAAGAAAAGGGAAAAUGAAGGGGCUGUUCAAAUCAAAGCCCCCAACACCGGUGGAGCUGGUGCAGCAAACGCGUGAGCUUCUUGCUUACGCUCUCAGCAACACCGAGACCCGUGAACGCAAACGAACAGAGAAGAUUGCAGAACUAGACAAAUUGAUUUUGGAUAUAAGAACAGUUCUUUAUGGUGACGGUCAAGUGGAGCCAAGUUCAGAUGCUUGUGCACAAUUGACCAAGGAGUUCUUUCAACAGGAUACAUUUCGCCUUCUCAUCCUUUGUCUUCCAACUUUGAAUUCAGGGGCCCGUCAAAAUGCUACUCAUGUGAUUGCAAAUUUACAAAGACAAAGGGUAAAUUCAAAGCUAAUUGCUUCCGAGUAUUUGGAAAAUAACUUGGAUAUUAUGGAUAUUUUGAUACCUGGUUAUGAAGAUAGUGAUAUUGCUUGGACUUAUGGUUCAAUUUCAAGGGAGUGCAUCCGUCAUCAGAGUGUUGCUAAGUAUGUCUUGGUAUCAGAGCAUAUGAAGAAGUUUUUUGAUUAUCUACAAAAUCCAAAUUUCGACAUAGCAUCAGAUGCUCAAGCAACUUUUAAAGAGCUUUUGAUAAGGCAUAAAUCUACUGUGGCUGGAUUCCUUUCUGCAAAUUAUGACUGGUUUUUCCAGGAAUACAAUUCCCAACUGCUGCAAUCUGAAAGCUACAUCACCAGACGACAUGCUAUCAAGCUCCUUGGAGAUAUGUUGCUAGAUCGUUCAAAUGCUUCUGUGAUGGUUCGGUAUGUGAGCUCAUUAGAUAACAUGAGGAUCAUGAUGAAUCUUCUCAGGGAUUCAAAGAAGACAAUAAAACUAGAUACCUUUCACGUGUUCAAGCUAUUUGUUGCAAAUCAAAAUAAGCCUCCUGAGAUCAUCAGCAUCCUUGUGACAAAUAGGAGCAAGCUCCUGCGCUUCUUUAGUGAAUUCAACAUUGAUAAAGAGGAUGAACAGUUUGAAGCAGACAAAUCCCAAAUCAUCAAAGAGAUUGCCAACCUGCAAUCCACAGAUCGUUCAUGCCAAGAUUUAGAUAAUUGUGAUGCUCCAUGUUAAUUUCCAUACAUUUUUUUUAGCUAAAUUAUUGUACUAUACUUAAA